AUGAGAGAUCCUUUGAGGGGGGAAAAAAAAAAAAAAAAAAAGGGGUUGGCACCGCUGAGCUACAAACAGCCAUUUGCUACCAGUCCCAAACCACUGGGCUACAAACAGCCAUUUGCUACCAGUCCCAAACCACUGGGCUACAAACAGCCAUUUGCUACCAGUCCCAAACCACUGGGCUACAAACAGCCAUUUGCUACCAGUCCCAAACCACUGGGCUACAAACAGCCAUUUGCUACCAGUCCCAAACCACUGGGCUACAAACAGCCAUUUGCUACCAGUCCCAAACCACUGGGCUACAAACAGCCAUUUGCUACCAGUCCCAAACCACUGGGCUACAAACAGCCAUUUGCUACCAGUCCCAAACCACUGGGCUACAAACAGCCAUUUGCUACCAGUCCCAAACCACUGGGCUACAAACAGCCAUUUGCUACCAGUCCCAAACCACUGGGCUACAAACAGCCAUUUGCUACCAGUCCCAAACCACUGGGCUACAAACAGCCAUUUGCUACCAGUCCCAAACCACUGGGCUACAAACAGCCAUUUGCUACCAGUCCCAAACCACUGGGCUACAAACAGCCAUUUGCUACCAGUCCCAAACCACUGGGCUACAAACAGCCAUUUGCUACCAGUCCCAAACCACUGGGCUACAAACAGCUAUUUAUUACCAGUCCCAAACCACUGGGCUACAAACAGCCAUUUAUUACCAGUCCCAAACCACUGGGCUACAAACAGCUAUUUAUUACCAGUCCCAAACCACUGGGCUACAAACAGCUAUUUAUUACCAGUCCCAAACCACUGGGCUACAAACAGCUAUUUAUUACCAGUCCCAAACACUGGGCUACAAACAGCUAUUUAUUACCAGUCCCAAACACUGGGCUACAACAAAAGCUUCCCACAGUCACUAAAUAA